AUGGCCUGCUUGGUAUCUCGCUCAGGAAGGGAAUUGCAGAGGUACAACAACAUGGGUGGCCGCCAAGUUGUUGGGUGCAUACCUUACAGAUAUAAACAAGAUGUAGAUGGUAACAUGAGUGAGGAAUUGGAAGUACUGGUUGUUAGUUCACAGAAAGGUCAAAGAUUGAUGUUCCCUAAGGGAGGAUGGGAACUUGAUGAAUCUGUAGAAGAAGCAGCUUGUAGAGAAUCCCUUGAAGAAGCAGGAGUUUUGGGAAUAAUUGAGCAUGAACUGGGGCAAUGGAACUUCAUUAGCAAAAGACAUGGCAUAUACUAUGAAGGACACAUGUUCCCCAUGUUUGUCAAGGAACAACUUGACACGUGGCCUGAGAAAAAUUUACGGAGAAGAAUAUGGAUGAACGUUGGUGAAGCUAGAGAAGCUUGUGAGCAUUGGUGGAUGAAGGAGGCAUUAGAUAUAUUGGUUCAAAGAAUCGUGUCUUCACAACAACGAAAAUAA